AUGUCUUCUCCAUCGUCUUAUGAAGAUGAUGCCAUAGAUGAUCAAAUAGACAACACUUUUGAAGAUAUGUUCGACCAACAAUUUGAUCAAAUGUACGACGCAAUCGUUCAUGGUGCAGCCAACAAGCAGAAGAAACGAGCUUAUAUCGAAAGAGAGCGGGAACAAGGACACAAUCAACUAUGGAACGACUAUUUCAGUGAGCAUCCUACAUACCCACCAGAAAUAUUUAGGCGGCGUUUUCGAAUGACCAAACCAUUGUUCCUUUCCAUUGUCGAUCGCCUAAGUAAUGAAGUUCCAUACUUUCAGCAAAGACGAAAUGCUCAUGGGAGGUACGGGCUAUCUGCACUUCAAAAGUGUACUGCAGCUAUACGUAUGCUCGCAUAUGGUCAAGCAGCAGAUACAUAUGACGAAUAUCUCCGACUUGGUGAGAGUACUGCACUUUUAUGUUUGGAAAAAUUCAACGAGGGGAUAAUACAAUUGUUUGGAGAUGAGUAUCUACGCAAACCUACAGCAAAUGAUCUUCAAUAA